AUGGACAACAACAACGAAGGCGAAGCGCUCGAGUUCCGAUCCGUCACGCUGGUCGUCGCCCCAAACCGCCUCCCGCGCUACGACGAAGGCUGGAUCCCCGCACAUCGUGAUUUGUGUCUCACCGAAGCUGAAAUCCAGCGUGAAGAGGAGGACGAGGAGGACGAAGAGGAUAUUAAGGAGAUGGAAGGGAGAGGGGAUCGGAUGGAGUUGAGUUUUGAGGGGAGGAGGGCGCUGUAUGAGUUUCUGGGGGUUUUGGGAUGA